UUCUCUUAUAUUGUUGACACAGCCUUUUCUGUCUGUUUUAAAAAUUAAACUUUCACUUUUAUAUUUAUAUUUAUAUUGAUCUUUAUUUUCAGUACCCUAUACAGCACCAAAAUAAUUUACCGCCAUAUAUUGAGCGCUCUGUAUUCAUUUAAUUAGCAUUACCAUACCCCUUUUCACUUUAACGCACUCUAACCCACUUUUGCACAUAAAUAAUGGCCUCUCGCAACUAUGCAUCACACCACAUGGCCAGCAAAUACGCCUCACAGCUAGCCAACAGCCGUGCAUUUGAAGGCCAACCCAUAUACACACCCGAAACGAAAAGCUCGUCAGCAUGGUCCUUGUACUUGCAAAGAAUAACGCCACAGCGAGUGGUGUUUGUGACGUUCUGGCUUGCCGUUCAGGUAUUAAUCAUAUCUAUUCGUACUAUCAAGGGAAAAAAUGCUGGCGACACACUGACUGGAUUCAACAGGGGAAUGAUGUCGGUUAUAAUGUUUAACUUUUCAUCGAUAUUCUUAUUCAAAUCCCCGACGCUGCUCACAUUUUUGCGAAAAACCUUUCUCGCGCGCGUGUUUGUAUUCGAGAAAAGCGCCCACGCUCACAAAUUUGCCGGGUACAUCAUGACAGCCGCGAUCAUCGUCCACGUGUCUAUUCAAUACUACAAGUUCCACAAAAUAGAAGUCACCAGCAAGGGCAAAACGACCUUUCUCAUGCUUUCAUUCCACAAAAAGACUGGUAUUAUUGGUCACUCCAUGUUGUUCAUUAUAACAGUGAUGUUGGCCAGUGCCAUUCCUCCAGUUCGCCGAAAGAUGUUUGAGGUGUUCUACCUCUUGCACCAUCUGUAUAUUGUCAUUAUCAUUUUGCUCUUCCAGCACAUUGCAGUCAGCACGUUCAAGUACUACAUUGCAGUCCCGGGCAGCAUAUACGCGCUUGAUCGCCUCUACCGCUUUCUCCGCUCGCGCACCAACCACCCUGAAAUUAUCAGCGUCAUUCAGCACCCAUCCAACGUUAUCGAGCUACGAUUUGCUAAGCACGGAAUGAAAGUAAAGGCAGGCCAGUUUAUCUAUCUCAAUGUUCCGUCACUUGCCUGGUUCCAGUGGCAUCCGUUCACUCUAACUAGUGCGCCAGAAGAAGACCAGCUGUCAGUGCACAUAUCCGUAGCUGGAGACUGGACUCGCAAGCUCGUCAAGGCUUUCCGCGAGCGCGCAACUCGGCUGCCAAAACGGUUGGAAAUUAUUCACCACUCGGUGCCAAUUCCGGCUCGUGUCCAUCAGAACGACGCACAAGAUUUCGACUUCCAGCAUUCAUACUCAGUGCCCACCACUAGCAAAGGCUCAUAUCACAACCGUACGCAACAGCACCGCAGUGGUUUUGGCCAGGGACUCGUUCAAAAUGGGAUACUGCAAGCGGACAUGUUGCCCGAGCUGGACUACUACGCAUCGGCGUCAAACUCGCGCAACAUAGACGAAGUGUUAAACCGCAACAAAAUGCUGCCAGCUGCGCCGUCUAUUUUCCAAGGUAUGCCAACAAUUAUGGUCGAUGGUCCGUACGGGGCGCCGACGCAGCAUGUUUUUGACUACGAAUACUCUGUCCUGAUUGCCAAUGGAAUAGGCUUGACACCCAUGAGUUCAAUUCUCAGGAGUCUUUACUAUCAGCUUACAAGUCAGUUGCACCAGCGCAAAGUCAAAAAGAUGUACUUUUUGUGGGUCUGCCGUGAUACAAGGUCGCUCGAGUGGUUCAGGGACCUUCUCGCUGCACUGGAUGAGGAGGAUAUCGGUGAUGUUCUUGAAAUACGCACGUACCUGACUGGACCUCUGUCUCUUAACCACAUCUGCAACAUUACGCUCAAUCAAAGUUCUAAUGGACCAGAUGCUAUCACUGGGCUGUACCGCAGCCCGACGUACUACGGAAGACCCAAUUUCGACAAAAUCUUUGAAGAAAUUGGUAUGCGCAAUCCAAACACCGAUAUUGGACUGUUUGUUUGCGGCUCCAAGUCGCUGUCGUCCACCGUAAAGGAUGUCACAAUAAGAUGGAAUCGCGAGCUCAGCCAUCGCAGUACUCGGUUUGUCUACCACAGCGAGACAUCCACUUGAAUACAAGGUUUUUUAGUUUCAACAAAUAGUUAUUUUUGGGCACUGCGCUUGUUUCAUUUGAUAAAUGUAAUUCCGGGUAUUUAAUUUACACCAGGUUGGUUUGCGGAUACUAUUUUUGAAAAAACAACUGAGAGCGGCGAAAGAAAAUACCAACGACUACAUUUCUAAUUUGUUUUUUGUUGCUCGUAUCCGUCGGAACGUCGAAUUUUGUCACUUUAAAAA